CUAUUGUUUCUUUUCGAGAAGUCUUCCAUCUGAGUCCUACAGUGCCGGAGAUUCUGAUCUGAUCUUCAAGAAUAGGGUUUGGAGAAGGGGAGGGCUCUCGUUGCGUGCGUAGGGUCUGAGCGGAAGUCUCUUUCUUUCUUUGCCACCCACUAUCGACGGUGGUCGUGAGAAGCUUACGAAGGAGUUGAAUUCAUCGCCCAUGGCUUCCGUUGGUCCUUUGGGCGAUGGGAAGAAUGAAGUGAAAGAAAUCAAUACUAAAAGACAGUCAUCGGUGAGCCAAUGCUCGCAAAAUGAGCAUCACUUUCACAAAGUGGGAGUCCCUCCCCGGCAGAAACUCUUUAAAGAAUUUGCAUCCACUCUCAAAGAAACAUUCUUUGCUGAUGACCCUCUACGACCUUUCAAGGACCAGCCUCAGUCUCGGAAGUUGGUUCUAGGAAUUCAGGCCAUCUUUCCUAUUCUUGAGUGGGGAAGAAGUUAUGAUCUUAAAAAGUUCAAAGGAGAUGUUAUUGCCGGACUCACCAUUGCAAGUCUUUGCAUUCCGCAGGACAUUGGGUAUGCAAAGCUUGCGAAUUUGGAUCCGCAGUAUGGACUUUAUAGCAGUUUUGUUCCGCCAUUAAUAUAUGCCUUAAUGGGUAGCUCAAGAGAUAUAGCCAUUGGACCAGUUGCCGUGGUGUCUCUUUUGUUGGGAACACUGCUGCAGAGUGAGAUUGAUCCGACAAAAAAUCCAGUUGAGUAUCGCCGACUUGCCUUCACAGCAACUUUUUUCGCGGGGAUAACUCAAGUCACCCUUGGUUUCUUCAGGUUGGGUUUCUUGAUUGAUUUCCUAUCACAUGCUGCCAUCGUUGGUUUCAUGGGUGGAGCUGCCAUUACUAUCGCACUCCAGCAGCUUAAAGGUUUUCUCGGCAUAAAAAUUCACGAAAAGACUGAUAUUAUAUCAGUUAUGCAAUCAGUUUGGGGAUCAGUCCAUCAUGGAUGGAAUUGGCAGACCAUAGUGAUUGGAGCAUCAUUUUUGGGUUUUCUUCUCUUUGCCAAGUACAUUGGAAAGAAGAACAAGAUUUUCUGGGUUCCUGCAAUUGCUCCUUUGAUAUCAGUCAUUUUGGCUACUUUCUUUGUGUACAUAACGCACGCAGAAAAGCAUGGUGUUCAAAUUGUGAAGAACAUAGAGAAGGGAAUCAAUCCCCCAUCUGUGAAAGAAAUAUAUUUCACUGGGGAUUAUCUUCUGAAAGGCUUCAGGAUUGGUAUCGUGGCUGGUAUGGUUGCAUUAACGGAAGCAAUUGCAAUUGGAAGGACGUUUGCAGCCAUGAAGGACUAUCAACUGGAUGGGAACAAAGAGAUGGUUGCACUAGGAACAAUGAACAUUGUCGGCUCAAUGACUUCUUGCUACGUUGCAACUGGUUCAUUCUCCCGCUCGGCAGUGAACUACAUGGCAGGGUGCCACACUGCGGUCUCCAACAUCAUCAUGUCCUUCGUUGUGUUCCUAACAUUGUUAUUCAUCACCCCUCUCUUUAAGUACACGCCAAAUGCAAUUCUCGCGGCCAUCAUUAUUUCAGCUGUCAUUGGCCUAAUUGACUACGACGCAGCGAUUCUCAUUUGGAAGAUUGACAAGCUCGACUUUGUGGCUUGUCUUGGGGCAUUCCUAGGAGUAGUUUUCGUUUCUGUUGAGAUAGGUCUCCUAAUUGCGGUUGCGAUUUCCUUUGCUAAAAUCCUUUUACAAGUUACGAGACCAAGAACAGCAAUCCUAGGAAAGAUACCUCAAACGGCAGUAUACAGAAACAUCCAACAGUACCCAGAUGCAAUGAAGGUUCCUGGCAUUUUGAUUGUCAGGGUUGAUUCUGCUAUAUACUUCUCCAACUCUAAUUACAUCAAAGAGAGGAUACUGAGGUGGUUGAGAGAUGAGGAGGAACAACUAAAAGCAGAUUAUCUACCGCAAAUAAAGUUCUUGCUAGCCGAAAUGUCACCUGUAACCGACAUCGACACCAGUGGCAUCCAUGCCUUGGAAGAGCUGUAUAAGAGUCUUCAAAAGAGAGAUAUUCAGCUUGUCCUGGCGAACCCUGGACCAGUGGUCAUCGACAAGCUCCACUCGUCGGGUUUCGCAAACUUAAUCGGCGAGGACAGGAUAUUCCUCAACGUUGCGGAGGCUGUUUCUUCUUGCUCUCCGAAACUGGUGGAAGAAGCUUGAGGAAUUAGUUUUGUCAAGAAUGGACAAUUGAAGAGGAUGAGAGGAGAGUUCAUUGCCCAGCCUUUAGCUGAGCAGUGGAAAUUUGGGUCCUUAUCAUGUUAGCGGUCAAGUGGAUGUCUAGUAGACAUCGUCUUCCAAAGAUAGGUGCAUGAAAAGGGCGCUGAUAAGAGAUAAUGUUCCCACUUUUUGGUGUUAUGAUAUUAUCAUAUGAUGUUAUCUUUAAGAAAGAAAUGCACCAUCACCUCUCCGUGCUAUCGA